AUGGGAAAUACCGAGAGUAAUGUUGCAAGUGCUGUGAAAAAGCAAACAGAUACAUCAUCUAUUGUGCUUUACAAAUUAGUCGAUUUAAAAGGUGGUGGAUUAUUGGUGGACAUGAUGAAACGAGCAUCACAGACGAAGCAAUUUGCAGAAUUAGAUCACACAUUACGAACAAAAGUGGAACCUUUUUUGUACAAUAAAGGAAAAGGCAAAUGGAUUCCCGUCGAUAAAUUAGUUAUGCUUCGAAAUAAGGAUCGUCCUAAACACAAAAUGCUUCCGGUUUUAAAAGCUAUGGAAAAUCCGGCUGAUUAUGAUGUGGAUAAAGACAUGGGCGACGAGGAUCCUGACGAGAAUACAAUAGAUAAAAGCAAAUAUAGAUUAGUUUGUUGGAGUUUGAGUGAAAGAGGUGCAGUUGGCGAAACUAUUUUACAUUUGUGUAUGCUGCAUGCAACUGCUAUUCAUGCCGAUUUGGGAAAACGUCUUUUACGUUUUUAUCCCACUCUUAUAUGUGACAUUUAUCUUAGUGAUGAAUAUUACGGUGAGAAUGUGUUACACAUGGCAAUAGUUAAUGAAGAUCCAGCUACAGUGAAAUUUCUUCUCGAUAGUGGAGCGGAUUUUCAUGAACGAUGUUUUGGAAAUUUUAUGUGUCCUGAGGAUCAAAAAGCUUCUAGGAACGAUUGUCUGGAUCAUGAAUGGGUUUCAGUUGCACCAGAAACCAAUUACGAAGGCUACGUUUACUGGGGUGAAUAUCCACUGAGUUUUGCCGCCUGUCUGGGCCAAGAGGAAUGUUAUCGAUUGAUGUUAGCCAGAGGUGCUGAUCCUGACAAACAAGAUACAAAUGGAAACACCGUUCUUCACAUGCUUCUUAUUUAUCAAAAGAUGACGACUUUUGAUAUGGCAUAUGAAGUGGGAGCUUCACUAUCUGUAAGGAAUAAUCAACAUUUAACGCCAUUAACAUUAGCUGCCAAAUUAGCAAGAAUCGAAAUGUUCUUCCAUAUUCUUAAUAUCGAAAGGGAAAUUUAUUGGCAAAUUGGCAGUAUUACGUGUGCUGCUUAUCCUCUUUCACAAAUUGAUACAAUUGAUACAACUACGGGGCAUAUUAGUAAAAAUUCUGCUUUGAAUCUCGUUGUUUUUGGUGACAAAGAUGAGCAUCUCGAACUGAUGGAUGGAGUUUUGGUUGAUCUUUUGAAUGCAAAAUGGAAUACAUUUGUAAAAUCUAGAUUUUAUCGACAAUUCUUUCUGUUCUUCUUCUACUUUAUUAUUUCCCUUAUUGGCCUCACCCUUCGUCCUGGACCAUUGUCGAAAGAUAAUCAGGGUUCGGAGAAUGCAAGUACACCAACAUCAAAUCCCAAUGCGACCGAUCAUACUGCCACAACGAUUUUAAUUGAAUCUUGGGGCGCAUCUCAAUUGUCAUCGAUAAUAACGAAAAAUUUAGCGGAACAUUUAUUAUUCAAUAUAAAUUCCUCAUUGAAUGUAACGCCAACGUCAAUGGCAAAAGUUACACAUCAAAUUACAUCUGAUAUUACUGCCAAUCUUAUGGAUGUUUUGCGAAGUUGA